AUGCCACUCACGAGAGUGGCUGUGGUAUCAGGUGGAAGAACAAGCCUUGUGGCUCAAGCAUCUCGAGAAUCAAGCGAAUCGAUCAGUAGCCCCGACGAGACAUCCGCGACGCUGACCCGACAACUCUACAUACACGGCAUAACUUACCUACUUCGAGGGCUCCCAGCGAAGCUCACCCCAGAAGAAACUUUGAGCAUACAGGCGGCUCUUCCACAAGACGUAGUCGACACAACAAACCACGCGAAUACGCACGCGUUACUUCCAGUCUCGCAACGCAGCUCUAGUGCUCAAAGAGCGCCUCCACAAGACCCCACGAUCUUGCACCGCCUGACCGCCACCCUCGUCCUCCAGUCCUUCGUCCUCAUACAGUUCAUUCUACCAUACAUCAAGCUAUUCCUAUCACAUACCUACCAGUUCGAGAGGAAGCAUCAGAUCACAAAACGGCUCGUCAAUACAGGCGUCGCGACUGUCGAUGACAUCGGACGGAAGACACUGAGGCUGUCGCAAACCGUGUGCCAGAUGAACGAUGGCAUGGUAGGACAAGCGAUCAACGAGAUGACCAUCUGGUGGGUUAGAGGUGUCACCGGAGGUGUUCAACAGGGUCUCGCCGAGGGAUUACAAGCUAUGAGGAUAGCGGAGAGCCAGCGGGGUGAGGAGUGUGUGGGGCGGAUCAACUGA